AGUGAACCAAACCAAAGGAAAAUGUUUUUCAAAGUUGUUGCCCUAGCUUCUGUGCUCGCCGUUUGCUCAGCUUAUCCUGGAAUUAUCUCCUUUGCCAGUGGAGGACAUGGUCUGGGUGAUGAUUUGGGACAUGGGAGUAUAAGCGGGGGCACAUCGUACGUUAGCGGGGGACUCGUAAGUCACGGUGCCGUAGCUGUUGGAGGAGGUCACGGUGGAUAUGAUGGUGGUCAUCAUGAACAUAUCGUUGACUAUCACGCACCAGCUCACUACUCCUUCAAUUAUGGAGUAGCUGACCACAAGACUGGUGAUAACAAGCAUCAACACGAAGAACGCGACGGAGACGUUGUCAAGGGAGAAUACUCUUUGCAUGAACCCGAUGGUACCAUCCGUACCGUCAAAUAUACCGCCGAUAAGCACAACGGUUUCAACGCUGUUGUUAUCAGACAAGGACACGCAGAUUAA